CAAGAAAAAAGGGCAGAAAGAGAGAGAAAGAGAGCAGGGGUGUAUGUGUGAGAGAGAGAAUUGUUUGUGUCCGUUUUUUCUGUUAAAUAUAUGUUAAACAGAUAGAGAAGGCGAUGGUGUCGGACCAGGAAUUAGCGAAAGGGAUAGAGACUGUGCUCCGUCAGUCAGACCCGAACGCCGUGACCUCCAUAGACGGCGUCGUUCAGCAACUCGAAGCGAAGCUAGGGUUAGACCUGUCUCAUAAAGCUGGCUUCAUUCGUGACCAGAUCAGCCUCUUGCUCCGGUCACAUCCGACGACAGUAACAACAACAACAACCACCGCAACCGCCUUACCUGUCACACAACCACUGCACCCACUUCCACAUCCACAAAUUCAACCACAAACCUUCCACCUUACACCGAAAGACCAUUUUGCCCUCCAACAUCACCCGCAAUUCCAACAAUUUCCUCCCCAUUUUGCCCUCUAUACUCAACACCAGCAGCAACAACACCACCACCAACAGCAGCAGCAGAUUUUUCCUCAGGACCUCAACUUCCGUCAGCCACAGGCGCCACAUCCUUCGCAGCAGCAGCAACAUCCGCAGAGGCAGCAGCCACCGCCUGUCGCUAAACCUGAGGUCUACGCCCAAAAUGCUGCCGCUGUCCCUUCUGAAUUAUCCAAAGAAAGUGCUCCAGUUGGUGCCAAAAGAAGAGGUGGCCCAGGUGGGUUAAAUAAGGUUUGUGGCGUUUCACCUGAACUUCAGGCUGUUGUUGGUGAGCCAGCCUUGCCAAGGACUGAGAUUGUGAAGCAGUUGUGGGCUUACAUAAGGAAGAAUAACCUCCAAGAUCCGAGCAAUAAGAGAAAGAUAAUUUGUGAUGAUGCCUUGCGUGUGGUUUUUGAGACAGACUGCACUGAUAUGUUCAAGAUGAAUAAGCUGUUAGCUAAACAUAUUAUCCCUCUUGAACCUUCAAAGGAGGCUAGUCAGGCUAAACGAGUGAAGGUUGAUGUUGAGUCCACAACUGAAAACACUGAACCUGUUGCAUCUGCAGUUGUGAUAUCUGAUGCUCUUGCCAAGUUUUUGGGAACUGGCGUAAGGGAGAUGACCCAAGUAGAGGCCAGUAGGCGUGUUUGGGAGUAUAUAAAGGUUAACCAAUUGGAGGAUCCACUGAACUCAAUGGUUAUAUUAUGUGAUGCAAAGCUCCGAGAGCUUCUUGGAUGUGAAAGCAUCUCUGCUGUGGGGGUAGAAGAGAUGUUAGCACGCCACCAUUUGUUCAAGCAGUCGUGAUGUUUGGCUGCGCUGACUGAUGUACUCAAUGUUUUGUGACCACUGCACUUCUGAUGGUAGAACAGAUAGUGAAGAACCUUAAUUUUUUUCCCUCUUUCUGUUCUUUUAUUUUUGUCAUUGUGAAUUAACCGUGGCUAGAUAAUAUGGAGAUUUACUCUAGUUUGUUGUGAUUAGGAUGAAAAUGUGACCAUGGGCCAAUUGCAGGGAGUACCUUUGUAGUUAUGCCUUUGCCCUGGAUUUAGGUUGCUUGCUAAUUUUAUUACCAUUUAAACUUUACUCCAUGCCUAACCCUCAGUAGGUAACAGCAGUGGAAUUGUAAAAUCUUACUUUCUUCGGAGGACCCAUAUCUGUAUCUUAUUCCAAUAUCUAGGGCUGUUGCUUUUUUAAUCUGCAAGUUUUUUCCCUACUCUUUUGUUAUCAAUCAAUCUGCCUUUGCUGUUUUA